UUUUUUUUUUAUAUUUCACAGUUCCUUCUUCCACCUACUAAUCAAAAUUCAUUUCCAAACCAGAAUUCUACUCGCUCUCUUUGUUUGGUUGCCGAGAAUCUGAGAAGUUCCAUCACCAAAUUUUACACCGUCCAUUGAACCAGUACCAAAAAAUUAUGGGUUUGGCCUUUAUUGGCACUGGUAGUGAAGGCAUGCAGCUCUGCAUAUUUGAUUUGAGAAGGGGCCAAAAUGAAGGCCAAGAACUUGACAAAAUUUUAUUCUUCUUUCCUGCUGAUUUGCCCUUUUCUACUCAACUCUCCGUGAUUGGGCUCAGCGAAGGGCUUAUCACAUUCACGCGAAUUUUCUCUCCGGAGGCGGCUUGUGAGGUCAUUGAAGCAGAGAGACACUCUCGUGUUUUCUAUGAGGCAGAGCCUGAUAUCUGGAUGGUCAUGAUUGUGGAGAAAAAUAAGGAGUCGGGAGCCAUAUGGCGCAUUGAUGCAUUAAGAGAGCUUCUUAAGGAAAUUCACUCUCUUUUCAUGAUGUUUCAUGGAUCUAUAAGAGCAUUGCUUGACAAAGAACCUGAUGGAGAACUAACUCGUGCUCAUUUAUACCCUUUCAUCAUGGAUUAUCUAAGAGAUUUUCUGGUUGGGAAGAAUCUCCAGUUGCCUUCAUUCCGUGACUGUUUAAAGGAACGAAGGACUGUACAGAUGCUAACCGUGGGACGGGAGGCUGCAAUUGAAGUUCAGACACUUGUCAGAAUUCUAGAAUCUUGUGCUGGCAACAAACCAUGCUCCUCACUCAUUUUAUUUCAAGACCUCCUGGUGUCAACAACACUUUCUCCUGAGGAUACCGUAAACUUAUUCACAUAUGCUGUUCUAAGGCUAACCCCUCCUGCUCUAUCCUCUGGAGCAAGUUCCUGGUCCUAUUUACGCAAAGGAAAUUCUUCAUCAAAUGUUGCUACUGGAUCUACCUUUGCCCACUCUGGAUCUGUUUCGGAUCAAUUUUAUGGCUCACGUGAUACUUCUCCUGAUGGAGAUAAUAGAUAUCAUAUUUCAAGGCCCUUGCAGCAUGACAAGUGGUUCAAAGGGAAGGAUGGUUUUCUUAUCACUGAUAUUUGGGGCAUGGAUGUUGGUGGCUUGAAUAUCACCACUCCAACAGUUUGGCUACAGCAGACGGAGGAGAGGAUGUAUCUCUGUGCUUAUCAGUACAAAAGCCUUACAUUGAUCCUUCUUAUCCCUUGUUCUUCCAUCCUUAAUGAGGAGCAAGGUGUUUCAAUUGUGAAACAACAACUUCUUGAAAAUGCAUCACUAAAGAUUUUGAAAGUUGAAGAAAAGUUGUCAAAGGGAUGGGGUGGAGAAAAUGCUUAUCAUGUCAGUGGGUAUCGGUACUUGUUAGUGGAUGGUAACAGAGACAUAUCCAGGGCUUCACCCCCAGCAAAGGUUGCAACAUUGACGAAGGAAUCUUUACUUGCCUUAAAUAAGCUUAGAGAAGAAGUAGAUUCAGAAAAGAGUCGAGCAAAAUGGGAUAAUCCAGGUCGUGAUAAAGAUUUGGAAGUGUGUAUUAGAGCAAAAAAUAAUGCUUGGGCCGUUACCCGUGUUACUGGAGGGAAGGAGCUUUAUAUGGUUCUAGAGAAAGCAAAUGAAACGAUCCUAUAUGCAUCUGAUGCUGUUGAUAAAUUCAGUAACAGAUAUUGCAAUGGAGCAUUUUCUUUGGACUAGUUAAAAUUUCAUAAGAAUGGGCAUCUUACUAGAAUAACAAUGGUGGACAAAAGUUUGUUUCACUUGCUUGUGUGACCGCAGCAGAUAACAGGUAUCCUCUCAAUACAGAUUUUUGUGGCAUGAAAUACAAAAUUAAAGCUAAUCUUCUAUCAGUUGUAUGUAAAAUGUAAUUGGUGGCUGGCUAUGUAAAAAAUGUUGAUUUAUUAUUUGUUUUUCACUAGUGCCUUGAUAUUAAUUCUUUACACUUUAGCUUUUUAUGAACCGGUAUUUU